GCUGCUCCGGGCCGGGCCGGGACUCUAGGGGCGGAAGGUUGUGGCGCUGGCCAUCCGGCUAGAGGAAGACUCCGAGCCCACGGAUCCAGGCACCGCCCGAGAUGCGGACCCAGGGGCCAUAAGCCCAGAUUUUCCCCCAAGGCUGCUCACACCAGAAAAUGCAGACAGGGAACUGGAGGGCUGUGUGUUUUUCCACUCCACGUCCGUGCCAAGUGGAGUAGCUAGAAAAAGAAGGGAAAAGACUCAUUCCCUGUCAACAGGCACUGGAGUGGCCAGCCCGUGAGCAGAGGGCGCUGGUCAGGCCCCAAGGGGGGCCCAUGGCAGGCAGAUGGCUGGGACUGCUCUGGGCGCCUGGCUUUCUCUGUGUGGCUCUGAUACUGGAGACGGCCUCUGGGGCCGGAGACCCAUCCACAAAAGCCCAUGGACACAUCCAAUUUUCCGCUGGAGGUGUCAACCAGGCUUCCAUGGCGGAUUGCCGCACUGUGUGUAGCCUGAACACAUCUGACCGCUGUGACUUCGUCAGGAGGAAUCCCGACUGCCGCAGCGAGGGCGGCUACCUGGACUACCUCGAGGGCAUCUUCUGCUACUUCGCCCCCAACCUCCUCCCUCUGGCCAUCACCCUCUAUGUUUUCUGGCUCCUUUACCUCUUCCUGAUCCUGGGAGUCACUGCGGCCAAGUUCUUCUGCCCAAACCUGUCAGCCAUCUCCACCAGCCUCAAGCUCUCCCACAACGUGGCAGGUGUCACCUUCCUGGCCUUUGGGAAUGGCGCUCCAGACAUCUUCAGCGCUCUAGUGGCUUUCUCGGACCCACGUACUGCUGGCCUGGCCAUCGGGGCUCUGUUUGGUGCAGGGGUGUUGGUCACCACUGUGGUGGCCGGAGGUAUCACCAUCCUGCAUCCCUUCAUGGCUGCCUCCAGGCCCUUCCUCAGGGACAUCGCUUUCUAUAUGGUGGCCGUGUUCCUAACCUUCACCGCCCUCUAUCUUGGCAGGAUCACGCUGGCGUGGGCACUGGGUUACCUGGGCCUCUACGUGUUCUACGUGGUCACAGUCAUCAUCUGCACCUGGGUCUACCAACGGCAGCGAAGCAGGUCUCUGGUCCACUCCGUAUCGGAGACACCAGAGUUGCUGUCUGAGUCAGAGGAGGACCAGAUGUCUUCCAACGCCAACAGCUAUGACUAUGGAGAUGAGUACCGGCCUCUGUUGCUGGGUCAGGAGACCACUGCCCAGAUCCUGAUCCAAGCCCUGAACCCCCUGGACUACAGGAAGUGGAGAACUCAGUCGAGAUCCUGGAGGCUUCUGAAGGUGGUCAAGCUGCCUGUGGAGUUCUUGUUGCUACUUACAGUACCCGUUGUGGACCCCGACAAGGAUGAUCGGAAUUGGAAACGGCCACUCAACUGUCUGCAGCUAGUUAUCAGCCCCUUGGUCCUGGUCCUGACCCUGCAGUCGGGGGUCUAUGGCGUCUAUGAGAUUGGCGGCCUCCUUCCGGUCUGGGCUGUGGUGGUGAUCGUGGGCACAGCCCUGGCUUCAGUGACCUUCUUUGCCACAUCUAACAGAGAACCCCCUAGACUGCACCGGCUCUUUGCUUUCCUGGGUUUCCUGACCAGCGCCCUGUGGAUCAAUGCAGCUGCCACGGAGGUGGUGAACAUCCUGAGGUCCCUGGGUGUGGUCUUCCGCCUGAGCAACACCGUGCUAGGGCUAACCCUCCUGGCCUGGGGCAACAGCAUCGGAGACGCGUUCUCAGAUUUCACACUGGCCCGCCAGGGAUACCCCCGGAUGGCCUUCUCCGCCUGUUUUGGCGGCAUCAUCUUCAACAUCCUGGUUGGCGUGGGGCUGGGCUGCCUGCUGCAGAUCAUCCGGAACCAUGCUUCGGAGGUGAAGCUGGAGCCAGACGGACUGCUGGUGUGGGUGCUGGCCAGUGCCCUGGGGCUCAGCCUGGUCUUCUCCCUGGUUUCCGUUCCUCUCCAGUGUUUCCGGCUCAGCAAGGCCUAUGGCCUCUGCCUCCUCCUCUUUUAUUUCUGUUUCCUUGUCACGGUCCUACUCACGGAGUUCGGGGUGAUUCACUUGAAGAAAGUCUGACUGAAGCUGCUUGGCCUGGAGGUUUAGGGGUGAUCCUGCUCGCCUCUGAGGGGAGAACAGGAGUGGGGAGGCCCGUGUAGCUCCUGAGAAGGUAGUCUGUCACCGCCAGAGCUCUGCAUGGAUGGGAAGGUCCUGACUGUUGGUACUGACAGCCUUAGUGUGGGGAUCUGGAGGCUGGCUUUGCUGGGGACAGCCCCCAGGUGGGAAUGACGGGAUCUGAAUGACAGCAGAGGCUCUGGGGAGGGCAGCCCGUUAGCUCCCAUGCCUGCUGGGCUUUGGACAGCCCUGUGGCUCCCUCGUAGGUUCUCCCACUCUCUGAGUCCUGCGCACCAGCAGGAUGGACUGAACACACUCCACACGUGGAAACCACACUGGGUUGCUCAGCCAGGUCAGCCAGAGGAAACAGGUCAAGUUGACAGCGGCAGGCACUGCCCUUCCCAAAAGGUGGCUGCUGCAUUGGACUGUGGAUCUAAACACUUCUAGAACUUUGUGUUCCGAACUCUGGCUCCCCCUUCUACAAAACAGGAGCCAGCCUGGGCCCUGUGCCUACCUCAAGGGGAGCUGGGG